GUGGCGUGGCCGUAAGUGUGCUGGCUGAAGAAUCUUCACUGCCAAAAUGACAUCACAUUCCAGUUCAGCCCAGUGUUCAACAUCUGACAAUGCUUGCAGAAUGUCUUCAGAAAGAAUCAGUCAGCAGGUACGGCCAAAACCACCACUUCUGAAGAUUUUGCAGGUAGCAGGUGCUCAGGGUGAAGUAUUUACCAUGAAGGAGGUAAUGCACUAUCUAGGCCAGUAUAUAAUGGUGAAGCAGCUCUAUGACCAACAGGAACAGCAUAUGGUGUAUUGUGGUGGAGAUCUUUUGGGAGAUCUGCUUGGACGUCAGAGUUUUUCUGUGAAAGAUCCCAGCCCUCUCUAUGAUAUGCUGAGGAAGAAUCUCAUCACCUCAGCCCCUGUUAACACAGAUGCUGCUCAGACUCUCGCUCUCGCACAGGAUCACAGUAUGGAUAUUCCAAGUCAAGACCGACUGAAGCACAGUGCAGCAGAAGGUUCCAGUCCCGGAAGAACUGAAGGUGAUACCCUAACCCUGCCUACCUCACAACAUAAAAGCAGAGACUCUAGAGGAGAUGAAGACUUAAUAGAACAUUUAACUGAGGAUGGGACAUCUAGGCUGGACCUUGACUUUGAGGAGUGGGAUGUUGCUGGCCUGCCGUGGUGGUUUUUAGGGAACUUGAGAAACAACUAUAUACCUAGAAGUAAUGGUUCGACAGAUUUACAGACAAAUCAGGAUGUAGGUACUGCCAUUGUUUCAGACACUACGGACGAUUUGUGGUUUUUAAAUGAGUCAGUGUCAGAGCAAUUAGGUGUUGGAAUAAAAGUUGAAGCUGCUAGUUCUGAGCAAGCAAGUGCAGUAGGGAAACCCAGUGACAAAAAGAUGGUUGAAAUGGGGAAAGAUGAUGAUGCUGAGGACCUUAAGUCCUUGAGCGAUGACACCGAUGUGGAGCUUACCUCUGAGGAUGAGUGGCAGUGUACAGAGUGCAAGAAGUUCAACUCUCCGAGCAAGAGGUACUGUUUUCGUUGCUGGGCCUUGAGGAAGGAUUGGUAUUCGGAUUGUUCCAAAUUGACUCAUUCUCUCUCCACAUCUAAUAUCACUGCCAUACACAGCAAGAAAGAUAAUGAAGGAAUCGAUGUUCCCGAUUGUCGGAGAACCAUUUCAGCUCCAGUUGUUAGGCCGAAAGAUACAUAUUUAAAGGAAGCAAAUACCAAGUUUGACCCUUGUAACUCAGUGAAAUUUUUGGAUUUGGCUCAUAAUUCUGAAAGCCAAGAGACCAUCUCAAGCAUGGAAGGACAAGCAGAUGUCCUUUCCGAACAGAAAAUGGAUACAGAAAGUAUGGAGGAUUAUCACAAUAUUUUGAAGCUGUGUAGUUUAUGUGAAAAGAGGCCGCGGGAUGGGAACAUCAUUCAUGGGAGGACCAGUCACCUCACUACUUGUUUCCAGUGUGCCAGAAGGUUAAAGAAGACUGGGGCUUCAUGCCCCUCUUGUAAGAAACAGAUUCAGUUGGUUAUUAAAGUUUUUAUAGCAUAGCUGAGUCAGUCGCAGAGAAAUAUUAGGACCAGGUCAUUUCUCAAAAAUCAGUAUUCUUGGAGGCAGGCGUAGAAGAUCACCUAGUUUGAUGGCCGUCUGGGCCAUUUGAGACCUUGUUUUUAAAAGAGUCAGUAUUGAGCGUCUUUCAUGAGUGUGACCCAUUGUGUGUGUCUGUUUAUAUAAGCAUAUGUGGGAUUUUAGACCAUCAGUUUGACGGUUUCUUUAACGUAAGAAGAUACAUAAGUCACUUUGUCCUUCCAGAUCUUAAAUCUGAGAGGGAAUAAUACCAAUACAAACAUAACAGUGCAUUCUGAUGUGCACUUGCCACAUUAAUGCAAUAUUAGUUGAUUUUGUUCUCUACCCUUAUGUAAUGUCAUGGUGCAUCAAAAUCUAAGGAAGUUAUUAGAAAAGUAAUAGGGCCAGCACUGAAGAAACAGAUCUGACCAGUCACUUACUAUGCAGCCAGGGGUGACCUUCAACCCCUGAACUCCCUUAGUCACGUACUAUGCAGCCAGGGGUGACCUUCAACCCCUGAUCCCCCUCUCUCUUGCAUCCACUUCCUGUGCAUACAGCCUGUCCUACUGUGCCCAGGCGAAGUCUCCCAGCUUAGCUCAAAUGAAUGACAGGAGUGUGCGCCACUGCACAGCCUUCUGAAAGAGAAGGCACAGACCUUGUAGCCAAUACUCUGCAUUUGCCUCCUGGACGCUGACAAGGUGUUUUUGAGCUCUGUCUCUGGAAUUGUUUACACUCUGAGGUCAUGGCUCAUGACAGGGUUUGAACAAGUGGGGAGAAGAAAAGGGAGAGAAAAAAAUUAAUCUUUAAUUCUGCUUAGUCAUUUUAGACCUAAUCCUUCCCAAAUAGUUCCUCCACCUGGGGACCAGAUAUUCAAACAGGAGCCUCUGGGGGCCAUUCUCAUUCAGACCACCAGUAGGCAAAGGAGCGCUUUCCUGGCCACAUCCUGUCACUGCUUCCAGUUGAUAAUGUCACUAAUUGUAGCAAACUUAAGUAGGGUUGGCCUUUCCUCAGUGGUCAAGUCCUUGUAAUUACAGACCUUCUGCCAGUAUCAAGAAGUCCCGCAGCCCCCGUUCGGCUCGAUGCGCAGCCUGUGAGAGCCUCAUAACAGACAUCUUUAUCCACAUCGUCAUGGUAGUGAGAAGCACAAAGUAGCUUAGAGGUUAUCUCAGAUGUCGUCAGUCACAACCCCUGCUUCAGGACCGGCUGGGGCGCAUCCAACCCUGGACUCCAGUCAUCUCCUAGCCAGGAUGAGGACCUCCUUCUGAGUGGAGCUGGGCCUUUAGGAUUGUCAGUUCCAAGCACUACAUUGAAAACAGACUGUGUUAAAGUGAGUUGUUAUACUUCUCCCUAAUGAUGUUACAUUUGGGGCAGGGUCUUGCUGUUUAGCUGUGACUGCCCGUGCCUCACUCACCCGGUGUCUCAGGCUGCCUUCAACCAUGCAGUGAUCUUCCUGCUUCUUUUGCCCCUCCCCCUCCAGUGCUGGGAUUACAGGCAUGUGCUGGCUUACAUUUCUUACUUUGGUUGUCCUUCAGGUUAGUACUUGUGAUCAUGCUAUCUUCUACAGAAAGUAGAGCAGAGAUGAUGGAUUAUUAGAAAAGUCUGCUCACUGUUCGUGUGUUCCUAACACAGGACUUCAUGGUCGUAGGCAUGCGUCUGUGUUAACUAGUGUGCCAGACUACAAGUUCAGACCAAGCCUGCCCAUCUUGGAUAUCAUACUUUUCCCAGUGAGGGCUGGAACUGGUAGGUUGGCGCAGCCAAUCCAGCCUCCUAACUGCCACAAAAUUGCAUAAUGGCACAGUUUACUGCCAAGCAUUUAUGGUUGUGUGAUAUUCAUUAUUUGUGUAUAUGUAGGUAUAUGUGGUACUUUGCGUGGGUUGAAAGAAUUUAUUCUGAAAGCCAGGAUCACUUGUAACAUGCAUGUGUCAGUUCAAUGUAAUAGUUCCCAGGAAAAGUCACAGUUGUGAAAUUGGUGAAUGUUCCCGGUUCCCUAAUGUUACCUGUUUGGUUUUGUUUUUUCCUGUUCCCAUGAUGUUCUGUGAAAUUCAAAAGUGCAUGGCUUUAGAUACUGUGAUUGUUAUUUUUCUUUUUGCCUAAAUUGUUGCUUCAGCCUAAAGAUUAUUUCUGAUGCCUCCAACCAUUCGUGCAUUGCACACGAGGUUGAUGCUACCUUUGCUAAAAAUCUUUAGAUAAAGAAUUAAUUAGCUGUUUAGAAUCUUCACUUCAAAGACAAACCUGGAAGCUGUCCUCUGUGCCAAAAGUAAAGUGUGCAAUGUUUACAGAUGGGUGGGAGUUUGCACUGCCACAGGGAAUGGUGAGGUUGUGUCACCAGAUCCCUUAGCUUAGCUUUAGGAGUAGAUAGUUGCAAUUAAGCUUAUGAGAGGAACUGUUGAGCUAGCCCUCCAGGGCUGAACUGGGAACGAGCAUCUGAGCAGUGGUGAAAGCGACUCCCUAGACCUGCCUGGGAGCAGAGCCCUGCUUGUUUGGAGAUGCUCUUUCUGUUGACAGCUCUUCGCUGUCUGCGGUUACUGUGUGCUUCCUUUAGAGGAGCUGCCAGCCUCCUCUCCUGUGGGAGAGUGUCUUGUAGGCAUUUUGAGAUCCUUUGAUGUAAUAAACGUGCAAUCCCAAGUAAUGCCAUUAUUGGUGAAUGUGGCAUUGGUAAAGAAAUUCUUACUAUAAAUUAUUUCUGAUCUUCCUUCAAAAGCCCCCCCCCCCCUUUCUUUCUUUUCUUUUUUCUUUUUUGAAGAGACAGAGUCUCGCUGUGUAGUGUAGCCCUAGGUUGACCUAGAACUUGCUUUGUAGACCAGGCUGUCUUCAGACUCACAGAUGUGCCUGUCUCUUUGUUCUGCCACCAUGCCCACCCUCAGUAGCCUUUUGAAUGACUGAUGUUACAGAAACUGAUCUUACAUCCCAUGGUGCUGCUUCCCCUACUUAUUUGUGUUUGCGUAGGAGCCUCUAGUCCCUUCUAAGAGUACAGCACAGCCUGUAGAACUUCCCAUUUCCUAAAGUGGAGGAGUCAGAGAUGAGCUAAAAGGCAAGAACAGUUCCUUGAGUGGUUUUAGAGUUUGGCAGGUGCUUUACUGAAGAGCAGCAUUGUAUUGUGAUACUUGUGGGCCAAUCUGAACAUGCAAGUUGUUACCCAAAGGCACUUUGUAAUUUUAAACAGCAAGUACUUGGAUGUGUGUAGGCAUUUCCCCUCCCUCUCUCCCUUACUGUUGCUCUUAUGCUCUAGUUCGAAGUUAGCUUCAUUUGGAUGUUGCUUUUACGCCAGAGGCCAUCUGUCACUCUGGACGGUUAGAACUGCAUUGUACUUGUAUGCGACCCUUUUUUAAACAGUCCUGAGCAAUGUUGUGUUUGCAGAGGACCAUGAGCUCAGUCAGGGAGGAGGGAGGUUGUGAGGUCAGAUCUGUGAUCUGGCUUCCUUUGUGUGUGUGAUGGGGGUGCUGAUUAGUCCACAGUUGAUUUGUCUGAGCACUGAGGAAUUUGAGGUCAGUGGUCCCCUCUUCAUGUAAUGUCCUUGGCCGUCUCAGCAUUUGGCAUAGUAGAAGUUUCUCAGUCAACAUUUGAACAAGACUGCCUGUGUCUUGCUGUGAAUCGGCGCCUCUUGGAUAAAGAACACUUAACCCAGCAGCUUGUAGCAUAGUCUGAAAGUUGUAAGCUUCCGCUUUUCUUGACUGUAAAACCAACAUACACACCCACCCUUUUCUACCUCAGUUUGUUGUGGAGAGUAUUGGGGAGCAACUCUUAAAAGUUACUGCCUUGAAGAAGGUGGAAGAAGCUGGUAGUCCUGGUUGCCUGCUCUGAGGUUUCUAUCGAGAAUCCCUCAUGUUCUAGAAGUGCGUGCGUGCGUCCCUCCCUGCUGCCUGCUCAGCAGGGCCUGUGGCGCUUGCUGCAAGGCUCCUGCCCAUACGCCCGUCCUCUCCUAGACACGAGGCUCUUGGUUAGCAAGCAUUGUCUCCAGAUGCUUUGAGAAGUGUGUGUAAAUGUGGGUAGCACAUUCUCUCCUGAUGGAAGUUCCUUGCCGAAUAGGAAUCCUAUCUGCAUGCACUUGAGUAGGUGCCGUAGGAUGCUCUGCUGGUGCCCAGAAGUGGGCAGUUCCGGCAUCCCAGUCAGGCAGUUGCCAGUACAGUAGCAAAUGAGGGUAAUAAGUUGAGAAUAACGGCAGCUUACUAAGGAGGCCAGAGGGAAGCGUUUCCGUGUGUCCUUAUGUAACUUUUACAUCGAGUUUAAAUAGCCUUGUGCCUGAGUGUUUGCACUAUGUAAUGCUUUCAAGGCCUUUUACUGUGUUUUUUCUGUGAAUAAAAAGUUUUCAUUUCA